AUGGGAUUCCCUUCACUCAGCAACAUCUGGAAAGCCAAACGCGGAAUGCUUGAAACCGAAGUCGCCCAACUUACCGAAAUGGAGGCCAGGUUAGGUCGCGAUUUAGGGACGACGGUUGAGGCAAUCGAGAAGAUGCUUUCCGAACAUGAAGACGUGAUGACUCGUUUGGAAAAGCGCGCACGAGACUCCGCGACUGCCCACCUUGAGGCCAUGCAUCAGCUUUCACAGCGGGAGGAUAGGUGCCGCGUGAAUAUGCAGCUGGCCUCCGAAAGAAUCGAGCAAUUGAAGGACGAUGAAGAAAGCCUUCAAAAUCAAAAGAAUACGCUACAGGAGAAUAUUAUCAUUUCAAAGGAUCAUGUGGAGGAGCUACAAAGUAACCUAGACACCGCGCAAGACUUAUUACAGACCGAGAAGGCUAGUCUGAAGGACCUGAUCGAGGAGGAGAAGCGUAUGCAGGAUGCGGCCUACGGUCUUACAGGCGAGGCAAAGGAGAUGGUAAUGGAGAUGGAGAAACUAAAGCGCUCUCAGCGGCAAACGGAAGUUGCCGCGAUGGAAACCGAAGUGGUGCGUCGCGAGCUUAAUGCGAAAUGUGAGGAGAUCAAAGGCUCCAUUCGUGUGUUUUGUCGGGUGAAAGGCGACGCUUCACCAACCGCAGCCACUUGCGAUGCGGCGUUUGAGGAUUCGUCCCUACAACUUUCACCGACAACCAUGGAGGAAAAACGCCAGCGUGCCGGUCGAAGAGUGGAUUCGACGAGUAUGCGAAGCAACCACACGACGAGCGAUGCCGGCUUCCCUGAGGAAAACGACGAAGCGGAAUUGUUCACCUACUCCGUUUCUGCCACCCAAUCCGGCGCGCGAGCAUCCUCCUCUUCCAAAAAAAAACCCUCAAUUCCGAGCAGGACGACCGAGGGAAUGCGAAGGAUUUGGCAAUCCCCUCUCCGAUUGAGGACCUGA